AUGGAGGACGACAGAAGAAUGCAACAGCUUAACACGCGAAGGACGACUCUGCUCGCUUCGAUCAACCGAGCUGAUCAGUUCCUCCAAGGAUAUGAAGCCGACCGGGAUGUUUUGGAGCUGAAUCUGAGAAUCGAAAACCUGGAAGUGUUGUGGCAGGGACUGGAAGAAGCACAAGCCGAGCUGGAGGAGCUGGAAACCACAAACGAAGGGAUGGCCAUGCUUGAAACGCCGCGAAUGAGGGAAGAAUCCGCCGUCGCUUUGCAUGGACUUGUGGACGAGUUCGAGAGGCACACGAAAGUGUUGAAGCAGUUAGGAUCAGCACCAAACACUAGUCCCUUUGGUAAACAAAAAAGGGCCUACCCGUUAAAAUUGGCCACCCACGCCGUUACUGAAGACUCUACAGAAAAGGUGAAUGCUGUCAACCGUCCAGGGGUUCCGUGGCGUCAGUUUAAACGAAUGUCUCUCACAGAACGGUUGAAUAUGGUCAAUCAGAGACGUCUUUGCUUCAAUUGUUUACGCGGCGAUCAUUAUGUUGGAAGCUGCCCAAGUAAAAUCGGCUGCCGCACCUGCGAGAAGCGUCAUCAUACUACCCUGCACCCUGGUUACGUUGAAUGCCCGUCUAAAAGUAAUUCAGCACAGACCUCAAUUGCAACCGGAAAUCGUUUGCAGUCCAUAGUCCAAACGAAUGUCACGACAGCUUGCAACGUUAGUCUUAUUGAUGUACAGCUAUCCACAUUUUCAGCCCAAGUGAUGCGGACGAACCAUAUGUUCAUGUUGACAGUUGUUCUCAUCAUCGUCGAUGCUUACGGUCAGGAGCAUCUAGCCAGGGCACUACUCGACUCUGCUUCCCAACCAAAUGUCAUUACGGAACGUAUGGCACAGAUACUAAGACUUAAGCGUAAGAAGGUGAAUGUACAGUUACAGGGACCUGGAGGAAUCGCAAUACGAGCUUCUGAUACAGUAUUCACACAAAUCCGUUCUCGAAAGGAAGAUUUUACCCGUGAUGUUGAAUUUCUAGUGUUACCCCAAGUCACAGCGGAUCUGCCAGAGCAAGAUGUACCUGUUAUUGAUUGGAACAUUCCUAAGGAUCUUUUUAUGGCGGAUCCGCAUUUCUACAUGCGAGGAAAAAUUGAUAUGAUCAUCGGCCUGCCUCACUUUUUUGCGUGUUUCAAAACACCCGCUCGCAUUCGCUUAUCGAACGACCUUCCCGAGAUGGUGGACAGCGUUUUCGGUUGGAUUGUUGCUGGUUCCGGUGAUUUGGUUUCCGUUACUCCAGAUUUAGUAAAAUGCCACACUACAACCGUGUGUUUAACCACGCUGGAGGAAAAUUUGGAACGGUUUUGGAACAUUGAAGAAUUGCCGUCGCGAUCCGAUUACUCAAUGGAAGAAAGGGAGUGCGAGCAGCACUAUUCAUCUACUGUUGAAAGGGACAGUACUGGUCGCUAUACCGUGCGUAUUCCGCGCCAUCCAGACUUCGAUACAAUGCUAGGAGAGUCCAAGUCAUCAGCACUACGACGAUUCAAAUUGUUAGAACGGAGGCUAGAACGUGACACCCGAUUAAAAGUCGAAUACCAUAGAUUUAUGCAGGAGUACAUCACAUUGGGCCAUAUGAGACUUCUGCAACCGUCCGAACAGUCUGCUAAUAAAUGCCUUUACCUUCCACAUCAUCCAGUCAUCAAACACUCCAGCACGACGACUAAGGUACGCGUCGUCUUCGAUGGCUCCGCCAAGACAUCAACGGGGUUCUCGCUGAAUGAUGCACUCCGCGUUGGACCGGUUGUACAGGACGACCUACUCUCGAUUGUUCUUCGAUUUAGAACGUUUCCAGUUGCAGUUGUAGCAGACAUCGCCAAAAUGUACCGUCAAGUGCUAGUGCAUUCGGAUGACACUCCAUACCAGCGCAUUUUUUGGAGAUUUGGUGAUUCAGGGCCCAUUCAAGCGUACGAGUUAUUAACCGUAACUUAUGGCCUCGCCCCGUCUUCAUUUUUGGCAACUCGUACACUUCAACAAUUAGCCCGGGAUGAAGGUGCUGCAUAUCCCAUGGCUGCACAAACUCUCCAGAAGGGGUUCUAUGUGGAUGAUUGUCUAGGAGGUGCCCAAUCAAUCGACGAAGCUUUGCAAUUACGAGAGGAACUGGACAGUUUGCUCACCAAAGGCGGAUUCACUCUGCGAAAGUGGACAUCUAACAAGCUCGAAAUACUGCAAGGACUUGAACCGGACCAGAUCGGUACACAAUCCGCACUAAUGUUUGCACCAGAAGAAUCAAUAAGCGCCCUAGGCAUUGGAUGGGAACCGGAAACCGACAAAUUACGUUUUGAUUCGAAAAUUGAUCGAGAGGCCGUAGCUGACACCAAGCGAAAAAUUUUGUCAUCAAUUUCACAAUUAUUUGAUCCACUGGGGUUGAUCGCUCCAGUAGUAAUUCGAGGAAAAAUGCUAAUGCAGGAAUUAUGGCUGCUGCACUGCGAUUGGGACGAUUCUGUACCAGAUAUCGUGCAAGAAAAGUGGAACCAAUAUCAGCAACAACUUCCUAAGAUAGCUGAAUACACAGUAGAUCGCUACGCAUUCCUGCCAAAUUCGAAAGUCCAACUGCAUACUUUCUCGGACGCCUCAGAAAGUGCAUAUGGAGCAUGCGUUUACGCGAGGUCCAUCGACAAUCACGGUAAUAUCAGGGUCCAACUGCUAGCAUCGAAAUCUCGCGUGGCACCUUUAAAACGCAUCACGCUUCCCAGGCUCGAGCUAUGCGCAGCCGUCGUCGGAUCUCAGCUUUUCUCGCACGUUGUGAAGGCACUACAAAUGGAAGUUUCAGAUGCCCGGUUUUGGUCCGAUUCGACGAUAACAAUUCAAUGGCUUCAGGCGCCUCCACAUACUUGGAAAACAUUUGUCGCCAACAGAGUUUCUGAGAUACAAGCCAACACUCAUGGGUAUCGAUGGAGCCAUAUAGCUGGCAACGAAAACCCAGCUGAUUUAGUUUCCCGUGGAAUGAGUGUGGAGGAAUUUCUUGCAAGUUACCUUUGGAAGUAUGGUCCAGAAUGGCUUCGACUUUCAGAAAAGCAUUGGCCGGAGACUGCUCCUAUUCCUGCGGUUUUAGAUAACGUCGAAAUUCGUAGAGUCGUCGCUCCUAUAUUACGCACCAAACCAUUCACUAAUCCAAUUUUCUGCCGGUAUUCGUCAUUCAGCAAACUCGUUCGUGUAGCGGCCCACUGCCUCAGAUUUGUUCGUAAUAUUCGCGAAAAGGCGCGAGCGCAACCUCAGGACAGUACGGUUCAAGGCGCCGGUAAAUUAUUGACGACUCAACAAUUAAGUGAUGCUGAAAUUCGCUUGAUUCAGCUCGCCCAAAUCGACGCAUUUAAGCAGGAAAUAAACGAUCUGAAAACCAAGAGGGUACGAUACGAAUUCAUUUCGCGCCGUGGAUUGCCAAAGCACAUCCAUUCCGAUAACGGCAAAAAUUUUGAAGGUGCCAGAAAUGAGCUGAGGGACUUGUACCUGAUGUUGCAGAAUGAUCGAGUGAUGGAAGCGAUCCAGUCGCAUUUGUCCAAUAAAGGAAUAACCUGGCACAUGACUCCUCCAAAGGCACCUCACUUUGGAGGCCUUUGGGAAGCGGCAGUCAAAGUUGCUAAAAAACAUCUCCAACGCCAACUAGGAAAUGUUCGAUUGUCGUUUGAAGACAUGGCCACAGUAUUGUCGCAAAUCGAAGCAAGUAUGAAUUCGCGACCAUUAACACCGAUGUCUGAGGACCCGAGCGAUUUCACUGCUUUAACCCCAGGGCACUUUUUAAUUGGAUCCUCGAUGCACGCACUUCCAGAACCCGAUAUACACUGCAUGGCCAGUAGCCGUUUAGAUCACUAUCAGCGAAUUCAGCAACUACAUCAACAAUUUUGGCACCGGUGGAGAACGGAAUACCUGCAGGAGCUUCAAAGGGACCAUAAAAUUUGCAAUGCAAACACGGAAAUUCUCCCGGGACGACUGGUGCUCAUCGUGGACGAAUGUCAGGCUCCCCUGAAGUGGCCGCUUGCCAGAAUCUUGGAGAUCCACCCAGGAGAAGACGAUUUGACUCGUGUAGUCACUCUGAAAACCAGUAAAGGAAUCAUAAAACGACCGAUCGUGAAAAUUUGUUUGUUGCCGAUAGAUCCUGCUGAACCGACUAAUCCUGAAACGAUGCUAGAAACGAUUCAUCAGGAAACGACGACACCGUUGAGCAGAAACCCCGAUUUAUAA